CUUCUCUUUCUCCCCACACUGAAGUUUAUGAAUUUCUGUAGACCACCGAGAACGUGGGCCGAAUAAAUCUUCUGAAGAUGACCAACACCUGAGGGGAGUUGUUCGCUGGCUACUUAAAUGGAGGAUCCAUCUCGUGGUUUACCUUCGGUCUAUUGCGGCUCCCCAUCCAACAUGUUUUUUCCUUUCUUUAUCUAUCGAAUACGCUUGACGAUUGGCUGGACUGAUUUGCCUGUGAAGCAACGAGUGUUACAUCGUUGCAUCGUGUUUUGCCUUUAAGCGUUCAACGUUCAAUAUUCAAACCUCAAGGAAAUGUACGAAGGAUCUAGGACCAAUGCCACGCAACGUCCUAUGUACAUUUUCUUGAAACGAUGUCAUAAGUCUGCCAAGCGCUCAUGAUGUCAUCUUGCGUGAACUGCUAGCAGGGUCGGCCUAGUGUUAUUACCGCCAGCGUUGAACCUGUGCCUUGAUUGCCUUAUGGCUUAUCACAGGAGAGCCUCACAAAGAUAAUGCGGGGGACGCAAUCAGGCCUCAUGACCAUUAGAGUAUCGAUACCCCUUCGUUGCGGCUUGCGAGUUAAGUAUAGGGUUCAACUCCCACGCAUAUCUCGUUAUCGCAAGUUGUCCCCAUUGAAGUCUUUCGUCUCCGAAGGAGUGCCGCACAGCUUCAGUAGGUUAUGCGGCCGUAGCUGGAUAGGACAGAUACACUUUGGAUUCAACAUCACCCCUUUGCUCUUGACUUCUUGCACCCACAUUAUUCUUCAGGUUCUAGGCGAUACAGUUAUCACUUAGCUCAUCAAAGACGCUUGCGUCGCUAACAUGAAUGCAGAUUCCGAUGUUGCUGUUCUUGCCGGUUUGGGAUACAAACAGGAGCUGAAACGAGCUUUCAAACCAUAUGAGGUCUUCGGGAUCGGGUUCAGUGUCAUUGGGCUUAUUCCAUCAAUGGCAUCUGUUCUGGUCUUUGCAUUGCCAAACGGCGGUCCUGUGGCUCUAGUCUGGGGAUGGGGCGUCUGUUCUGUCUUCUUGGUUGUCAUCGCAUUGGCAUUGGCCGAAUUGAGUUCUGCUGCUCCGACUUCCGGAGGUCUCUACUACUGGAGUCACAUGUAUGCCUCCCCAAGGUGGAAGAAUCUUAUGUCCUGGGUCUGUGGAUAUUCGAAUACCAUAGGCAACAUUGCAGGUGUUGCGUCUGUUGAUUGGGGAUGUGCUGUACAACUCAUGGCGGCCGUAAGUAUUGGUUCAGAUAUGACUUUCACUCCAAGUACGGGCCAAACAUACGGCGUAUUUGUGGCCCUGGUACUUUGCCAUGUAUGCAUCGCAUCUUUAGCAACCAGAGUGAUCGCGAGGCUUCAAGGAAUAUACAUUGGACUCAACAUUGUACUAUGCCUUGUCAUAGUCAUAGCUGUCCCCGCAGCUACCCCAACUGCAUUUCGCAACACAGCCGCACACGCUUUUGGUAGUUUCCAAAAUCUUUAUGGCUGGCCGAACGGCUUUGCCUUUAUUCUGAGCUUCCUGGCUCCACUAUGGACAAUUGCUGGCUUCGACUCGCCUCUUCACAUUAGUGAGGAGGCUUCCAACGCAUCCACAGCAGUUCCGUGGGCUAUCGUUAAUGCUACGGGCCUGGCAGCAGUUUUUGGAUUUGCUGUUAAUAUCGCGCUUUCGUUCUGUAUGGGUACUGAUAUCGAGAACAUAAUGGCGAACCCGAUUGGUCAACCUAUGGCCACGAUUAUUUUAAACAGCCUCGGUAAGAAGGGGACGCUAGUGGUUUGGUCUCUCAUAGUCUUUGUCCAGUUUUUAAUGGGUACGAGCUGUAUGACAGCCUGUUCCCGUCAGGUCUUCGCAUUCUCUCGCGAUGGCGCCUUGCCCGGAUCGUCAUAUCUCUAUCGCAUCAACAAACACACGGGAACCCCUGUGAACUGCGUCUGCUUCGCCGCUUGCCUCGCCUCGCUUCUGGGUCUGCUCGUUUUCGCCGGACCUAUCGCUACAUCGGCCCUCUUCAGUUUGGGCGUUACUGGGCAAUAUAUUGCAUACAUCAUCCCUAUCUCAAGCAGAUUCCUCGGCGGUGAGAAAUGGACUCCUGGACCAUUUAACCUGGGAGUCAUGGGCCGUCCGAUUGCAUACGUUGCUGUGCUAUGGAUGGUAUUCACGAUUAUCGUCUUGGCAUUCCCGACUACGCCAAACCCUUCUACCGCAGACAUGAACUACACAGUCGCGGUAUUUGGUGGAAUCAUAAUUCUCAGCGUGCUUUACUACUAUCUUCCCGGAUACGGGGGUCUCUACUGGUUCAGAGGACCUAGAGCAAACAUCGAUGCGUAUCAACGUCGGAAUAAUAGCAACGGCAGAGUGUCGGUCGUCGAGAUCUUCGAGAACGAGAAGGAAAAGCGCGCUCGGGAGGAAAACAACUAGAUCACAGGUGGUGUUCACCGAAGGGGCCGACUUUUCAAUUGCAUCUUCCAAGACGCCCUUUGAUUUCUGUCACAGGAAUUUUUCUGCGUAUAAUUUGGUCUACAGUAUAGAUGCGGUAUGCAUUUCCUAUCAUUCUGCGUUUUCACAACUUUCUUUCACAGUAGUUUGCACUUGUAUCGUACAGUUUGCGAUAUUUGAUUUUACGGUGAUGUCUUCGUACUUUCAAUGGUUGGACACUGAGCACUCGUAACGGCGAGUCGGACAUCAUCACAGAUCUCAGACAUCCUGUGGUAGGUAAGCGAAGACAUGGGUUACGCGAGUCGGUCUCCCUAUUUCACCAGUGU